UGCCGGUUUCCUAGCAGAGGGUAGCGUUGGUGACAGACUACAUUUCCCAGGAGCCUGUUGCGCAGGAGUCUCUUGUGUCACUGCACCAGGACCUUGCAGCUCUGCAGGAGGCACUUGCGCUGCUGCGGUUCCUGGUGCUGGCGCUGAAGAAAUAUGACCUUCAGCAGUUCGCCUCCUAAAUGACCCAGAACAAAGCUGAGCUUAGGGUCUGCUUUUGCUCCAGACCCUCGCAGGGUGGUUUCAGGUUAGGCGCUAGAUGUCACCUGCAGAAGAAGAGCAGAGCUUACCUCUUCCGGAGAGAUGGCCCCGGGCCAGCAAAUUCGCUCUGUCAGCCUGUGCAGCGGCUGUGGCAGAACUAGUAACAUUUCCCCUAGAUCUCACAAAAACUCGACUGCAGGUCCAAGGUGAAGCUGCGGUUCAUCGCAAUGGAGCUGCCGCCGGCCAGGCGGUCCCUUACCGCGGCAUGCUGCGCACCGCGGCUGGCAUCGUGCAAGAGGAGGGCUUACGAAAGCUCUGGCAAGGAGCCACGCCAGCCAUCUACCGCCACAUAGUGUACUCUGGCAUUCGGAUGGUUGCGUACGAACAUCUCCGUGACUCUGUGCUUGGCAGGUCUCAGGAUGGAAGUUUUCCUUUCUGGAAAGCUGUAGUUGGAGGUAUGUCUGCGGGUGCCAUUGGACAGUUUUUUGCUAGCCCAACUGAUCUGGUGAAAGUGCAGAUGCAGAUGGAAGGAAAAAGGAAGUUAGAAGGAAAGCCCUUACGGUUUCGAGGAGUGCACCAUGCAUUUAUGAAGAUCCUGUCCGAAGGAGGAAUACGGGGGCUUUGGGCUGGAUGGGUGCCAAAUGUUCAGAGAGCUGCCCUGGUGAACAUGGGAGAUCUGACCACUUAUGACUCAGUGAAACACUUUUUGCUUCUGAACACACCACUUGUGGACAACAGCGUGACUCACAGUAUUGCCAGUUGCUGUUCUGGCCUGGUAGCUGCUGUUCUGGGAACUCCUGCUGACGUGGUCAAAACCCGGAUAAUGAACCAGCCGAGAGACAAGCAGAGAAGAGGUCUGUUGUAUAAGUCUUCCAUGGACUGCUUGAUUCAAACUGUACAGGGUGAAGGGUUUAUGUCUCUAUACAAAGGUUUUAUACCAACCUGGAUGCGAAUGGCACCUUGGUCACUGGUAUUCUGGCUUACAUAUGAGCAAAUCAGAAGGAUCUGUGGAGUUAGUUCUUUUUAAAAUCACUUCAGUAUUCAUAAAACAAAGAACAAUCAUAAAGCUGAAUUCUCAUUCCACAAGGCUUCCCGACUCCACAGGGAACUAAUUCAUUUAAGAGACUGGCAGUAGGAUCACAUGUAUAGGUUGCUGCCUCAAAUCCAGCCAUGACUGAAGGGUACUACUUGCUUGUCAGACUGCUAUAUGAAAUUUAUCCACAGGAUAAAAUUGCCACAAUAAUACUUCAACUGACAGCCAGCAUCAGCUUUCUGAAACAGUAAACAGAGGAAAAAAAAAAAAUCUAUCAAGCAAGUAGAAUAUAAUACUAUUUGCCUGUUUGAUAAUAGAGAUGGUUCCUGUUAAGGUCAAGAGCAGGUUGAACAACGCAGCACUGAAGAUCUUCUGUGGAUAAGCAGUCUAUAAAAUUAUUUGGGAUUUUUUGUUGCUAUUACAUUUGCACACACAUAAAGAACUACCUCUUACUACUUUGAUGCCUCACUAAACCAAGCCUGUAGUGCUAGGAACUGAAAAAAAAAAAAAAAAAAUUAACGCAGUUUACCUGUUUUCAAACUUGCUUUGCACAAAAGGUGGAAGAGUUUGUGUUCCUCUUACUUCCCAGACAGUCUGACCUCUUCACUCAACCAUUUGCGUAACAUCCACAAGUGAAAUGCACUCCCCAGGAAAUCAGAAGCCUAGUUUGCUCUGCCCCUCUUGAAGGACUCACAACACACAUGCUGUCCAUAAGACCAAGUUGAACUACUUGUCCCGUGGGAGUCCCAGUGCUAGCUGGCAGCCUGGGUCAUUAAGGUACCACUUUUCCAUGGAAAUACAUACACUGCCCAUUUUAAAUCUAGGUGGAAAUAAAACGUUCUCUUCCAAACCACAAAAUGUUUGAAUAGGAGCAAUUGUUUGUUUGUUUGUUUGGUUUUUUUUAAACCUAGAGCUUCCCAAAUUUCAUAGGGAAGGGGACUACUGCUGUUUGUCACUAGGCUUAUCUUUGGCAAUCUGGAGACAAAAAAAAUGCAGUAUAAAAGCAAUCAUAAUGGAGAUAGAACAAAGCUGGCUUUGUUUUAACAAUAUCUAGUAAUUAAAUGACUGUACAAGACUUAGCUCUCUGAGUAAAUACUCAGGAUUUCUUCUAUACGAGUCAUUGCAACUAGUAUUUUCAAUGUGUCAAUUUCUGACUAAAGAGUUUGGGCAUGCUCUUGGCUUGCACUUGCACUUUUUGAUUGUAUUGUAAAUCUGUUAUAGCCACAUGCAUUUGGGUGUGUGAUUCUGGCUUGGAAAAAAAUCAUCUAUUAUUAGAGGUUCAGAAGUUUUUUUCAGAAAUACCGUUAUUUUUCUAGUUGUGAUUCUGAGAAACUAAGCUGAGUUCUUUCCUUCUUGCACACCAUCACGAGUGAUUAUAAAACAGCAAAGCCUCCGCUUCAGUUACAUCCUGAGUGGUCCUGCCUGCAAUCCCAUUACUCAGCUAACCCUGAUGAUGGAUAUGCAGAAGUAGCUGAUCUAUUGCAUUAAAAAGAGUAAUUUUAAAAGUCUUGUAGUGGAAAACUGUUUUAACUCUUAAUAAAGCUCUUUUUUAAAAGAGUGUGAGGCACUAAAGAGAUGCA